CCCCCCUCUCUCUCUCAAGAUCCAUCCGAGCUUCUCUGUUCAGUAAAAUGCCAGACACUCCUGAGAUUCUCCACAUCUCCGCUACAAAUGCAGUAGAACCCAUCUCUUCUAAUGAGAAACCCUCGUUUAAAAUCGACCAGAGAGUCCACAUCGCCGGCGAUCCUCGCAGAACCGGCACCGUCAAGUACAUCGGGCCCGUUGAAGGCUAUUCGGGCAUUUGGGUCGGUGUUGAUUGGGACAAUUGCGAUGGUAAGCACGAUGGGUCCCUUAACGGCAUCCGGUAUUUCAUGGCGCACGGCGAGAAAUCGGGUUCGUUUGUCCGGCCCCAGAACUUGAGCGGCGGGAUCUCGUUGCUGGAUGCUCUCAAUUUCCGUUACCGAGGCAAUUCCACCAAAGAAGAAGAGGACGAAAUGUAUGUCCUCUCAGCUAGAAAUAAUAGAGUUGCCAUUCAACUUGUGGGGAAAGAUAAACUUCAAGAAAAGCUAAACCGAUUCGAGGAGUUGCUCGGCGUGUCACUUUCUUAUUUAGGCAUUAGCUCGACUGGGUCUCCACAGCAGAUCAAGGCUGCUGUCCCAAAUCUUAAGUUGCUCGAUUUGACGGGAAACUUGCUUACAGAAUGGAAAGAUGUUGGUGCCAUCUGUGAGGAGUUGGCAGCUCUUGAAGUUCUAAAUCUUAGUAACAAUGUGAUGACCCAUGAUAUAACUGAUCUCCCUUUACUGAAGAACAUACGCAUUUUGGUUCUCAACAAUUGUGGCAUGACAUGGGAUCAGGUUGAAAUACUUAAACACUCACUUCCGGCAGUUGAGGAGCUCCAUUUAAUGGAAAAUAAUUUGAGGACAAUAAUGCCUGAGCCUUCUGCAGCAGGCACAUAUGUUGAAGGCUUUGAUUUGCUGCGGCUUUUAAAUUUGGAAGAUAACUGCAUAGACAUGUGGGAUGAAAUCGUAAAGUUUUCUCAGCUAAGAAGCUUGCAGCAGCUUCAUUUGAACAAGAACAAUUUGAAGCACAUAUUUUACCCCAAAUGUAUUCCAAGAUGUGAUUCUCUGACUGGUAACGAAAUGCAAGGAAAAGGCAUCAAGCCUUUUGAAAAUUUGCAAUGCCUUCUCCUAGGAGGCAAUAAGAUUGAGGAUUUGGAAUCUGUAGAUUCACUGAAUUUUUUCCCUAGUUUGAAGGAUGUUAGGCUUUCUGAUAAUCCAGUAGCUGAUCCAGGAAAAGGUGGUAUCCCACGAUUUGUUUCAAUUGCUCGUUUGGCAAAAGUCCAAAUACUGAAUGGGAGUGAGGUAAGCCUGCGUGAGCGUAAGGAAUCUGAGAUUCGGUAUGUCCGUCUUGUUUUGUCUAAGUUGCAAUCUGACAACCCAGAGGAGAUUAAGCGGCUACAUCCAAGAUUUACUGAGCUUAAAGAACUGCACGGGAUUGAGGAUGAGAAGCCAUCUGCUGGAAAGUCAGGCCCUCAGAAAAUGGCUUCUGGACUUCUUUCUAUUACUCUGAAAUGUGUUGGAGCAUCCAUCGGAGAAAAACCACCUAUUAUAAAGAAAUUGCCAGCCGCUACUACAGUUGGCAAGUUAAAGGCUCUUUGCGAGAGCUUCUUCAAGCUGAAAUCCAUCAAACCGAAAUUGUUUCUUCAAGAGGAGGGUUCCCCACUUCCACUGUUGCUUGAUGAUGAAAUGGCAUCUUUGACAGAGCUUGGCAUUGGCACAGGAUCUACCAUUCUAGUGGAUGAAGAGAGCUAGCCAUUUUAACCUUCGAUGGUCAAGGGGGCAUGGCCUGAGCAAGGAAUCGUGGGCACUGUCGAUCUUGGUUAUUUUUCUGGUGCUCAGUGCUGUGACUGUUUUGCGCAUGACAUUCUUUACAGAACUUCGGAGAAUGAGAGAGGUUGGAUCCCUGAUGUUCCUGGAGGUCAGAUGGCUGAUAUUAAGUUAGGAUGUGGAGUCUUCUAGUUUCUACUCAACCCCCUCGAUAAAAUGAACGUGUUUUAGACAUAAGGUACCUGUAUUCCUGUAUCACCUACAAACAUGGCCUGCUGCAUGCAUUUGCAAAGUCUAGCUUUUACAUAACCCUAGCAAAAGGGAGCAAUUUAAGCUUUUCCGCCCAUGUUUUCCACGCUGGUUUUUUUUUUGUUUUUUCUCUACCAUGUCUGAGCAGUCUGUGAGGCAAACGAAGAUUUUGAUGUUGGAUGCCGGAAUUGUGGGGUGCCAACAUUGGUAAACAGUAUUUUGUAUUUGGAUACUUUCUUGUAACAUUUAUAGUACAGAAAUUCUCCAGUGCUCUCAAAGCACUACUUAAAGUUA